AUGGCUCGGUCUUGGUUGACCGCUAGCCUCCUCGGCUUGGUUCGGCUUUCAGCCGCUCUAGGACCACAGCUCGGCUUGCCUGAAAUGUGGGAAGAGUUUCGUCGCGAGUCUGAGCUCGAAACUGUCGUCCAGACAGCGUCAACGUCAGUGACCUUCAGAUUGUCGACAAACGGCACUGCACCGGGCGCGCCGAACCCUGCUACCCUCUACAAGGCCUACAACCUCUCGGUCCCCAUUGACCACUUCCACAACGACUCCAUGUACGAGCCACACUCGAACGGAACGUUUCCCCUCCGGUAUUGGUACGAUGACCGGUUCUACAAGCCUGGUGGUCCUGUUAUCGCCCUUGCAGCGGGCGAAACCAAUGGUGCAGGCCGUUUGCCUUUCUUGCAGAAAGGAAUAGUUGCCAUUUUGGCUGAAGCAACCAACGGAGUUGGCGUUAUCUUGGAGCACCGAUAUUACGGCAGCAGCUACCCUACUCCAGACUUCAGCACAAAAAAUCUACGAUUCUUGACUACUGAUCAAGCGUUGGCUGACACGGCGUAUUUCGCGAAGCACAUCGUCUUCCCUGGUCAACUUGCUAAGAUCAACUUGACGGCUCCCGAGACGCCAUGGAUCAUGUACGGUGGCUCUUACGCUGGCGCGUUCGUCGCGUUCCUCCGUAAGGUGUACCCUGAUGUGUUCUGGGGUGCUAUCUCAUCCUCCGGCGUCACUGCCGCUGUGGUGGACUUUUGGGAGUACUAUGAAGCCGCAAGGCUCUACUCCCCUGAUGGUUGCGCCGAAACUACGCAGAAGUUGACCCACGUUGUCGACAAUGUUCUUUUGCAAAAAGGAAAUACCACGAAAGACGACAUACUGACCCUAAAGACUGCUUUUGGUCUCCAAAACGUUACCGAAAAUGUCGAUUUUGCCAGCACCAUACGGGGUGGUAUUGGAGGCCUGCAAAGUCGCAACUGGGACCCGGCCAUUGACGGUCGUGCCUUUUUACGCUAUUGUGGUAAUAUGACUUCGGACAAGGUCAUCUGGCCUGCAACAGAGAAACUGGACUCUACAAUUCGCUACUUACUGAAAAGUGGCGGUUACGAGUCUGAGGUCGAGGAGUUGAUUCCACGAUUCAAGAAUUACAUCGGCUACGUCAACUUCACUAGUGUGUCCACUUGCCGCCAAACACAAGACGAAUGCUUUGGAGCUGGAAAUGAUGAAGAUUAUGCCGAUGAUGACCUCAAUGCGUCUUGGCGUCUCUGGUCAUACCAGUAUUGCUCACAAUGGGGUUACCUUCAGACGGGAUCCGGUGUGCCAAACAAUCAACUUGGGCUGAUUUCGCGAUUGAUCGACAUUGAUUUCACCACCAGGAUCUGUCGAAAGGCCUUUAACAUUACCACGCCACCCGACGUUGAUGCCAUCAAUAAGUACGGUGGUUACAAUUUUAGCUACCCACGCGUUGCAAUCAUAGAUGGCGAGUCAGACCCAUGGCGUGCUGCAACUCCCAACAAGAUCGGGUUAGCAAGGCCCGAGUCGACCACAAAAGAGCCGAAUCUUGUCAUUGCGGGCGGAGCGGUUCAUCACUGGGAUGAAAACGGCAUUUUUAUAAACGAAACGACUUCUGAGCUGCCCCCACUGCCGGUGAAGGAAGCCCAAGACUUUGAGGUAGAGUUUGUACGAGCCUGGCUGCAGGAAUGGAAGGAGACGAAUGGCCAGAAGGUAACAGUCAGGGAGGUUCGCUGA